CUUUCGUGGCGCCCUCCUACAUGUUUCUAACAUCCAAGAAAGUUAGCGAACAAGUUGAGUCCAUCACCGAGUUUUCCAAUGCCAAACGCGAAUUAUUCCAAACUGGUUCCAGUGCAAGGUUGUUCCUGUUCAAAUCUUAUCGACAAUAUCGUUCCACACCCUUCACAAGAAACUAAUUGAACCAGCUCUAGUAUAGAAACUGUCACCUAACUUAAUUCACCGGACGUUGUCAGAAAAUCAGGAGUACUCACAGAACAAACCCGCGGUCCUCAGAAUGCAUUCACAAGCUGCCGUAGUAAUCACAACAUUUGUGAUUAUUGCAGCACUUUUAAUUGGCCAAAUAUCAUCUCUUCCAACCACGAAAAAGGCAUUGGAUGUCACGUCGUCAUCGACUUCCACGACUGGUGUGAAUGACGUCACAACUGCCAUCUCCAGCAACAAAGCAGCCAUUCUCCCGACAUCUAAUUCCAUUGGCAACAAAGGCUACAUUCGAGUCAGUCUCGAUGACAGCAAGCUUCAAGAAUUAUCUGCUUUUGCUACGGAGCAGAUUCGAUUACGUCAGAAAUCCGCAGAAAUCUCAUUGAAGGGCGUUUCUUUCGCUUUGAAGCAAAUUUCGACAUCGCAAGCCGAGAGCAACUACAAGCUGACGUUAGUACUGGCUAACAAGGGAGAGAAACGAUCCCAAUUUUUGAUAUGCAACGUUGACAUCGUUCACGAUGCAUCCGCAAAUCAGAGGCAAGCGAAAACGAAUUGCGUAAGGGCCAACAUUGUGACCGGCAUUCAAUCAAUACGUCCCGACGGAAGUUUCCAGGAGGACGCCGAUCUUGCGGCAACUGUUUUCGCAGCAAACGAAUUCAAUCGUCAGGGCAACAAUUCAUCUCCGCUGACUCUCUUGCAUUACGUGGCUUCCGGUUCGCACGAAAUGAUUUCCGGCACUGAAUACAAAUUGCACAUGCAGGUGCAGACAAGCCCUAAAGACGACCAGGUUUUGCUUUGCGAAACGAGUGUUUUGCCGAGAAACCCUAGGAUGCUGCACGGAACAGAAUGUGGCCAUCUAGCGGGAAAAGACCAUACCGGAUCUUACAGCGCAGCCGACAUCAAGGAUGCGGAUGUGAAAGAGACAGCCGAAUUUGCUGCCAAUGCCCUGAAGGAGCGACAAAUUGUAGAAGCAUCUGAUGGAUUGAUUCCAGUGAAAAUUGCGAGAGUUUGGAAGAAACCUGUUCGCGGAAUUCAACGGCGACUACGUAUGACAUUGAGUGACGAUGGCGAAGGAGCCCAGCCAUCUUCUUAUUGCCUCGCAGUCGUCUUUGAAGACAGGCUGUCUGGCGAAUAUGAACUGGUUACCGGACCUGGAAACACUGUCUGUUCGCCUACGCCACCUACCGCUUGAAUUGAUAAGAUUUUUAUACUCAAAACCACUUGACGUUUUUAAAUAAAUACCUGCACUUUCUUCUA